AACUGAAAUUCUGGUUUCUGUGCUAACUUGAAUCCUAAAUUGGUCUUCCCUUACUUUGCUCUAAACAUGGAUAAAGUGCUAACACUUGACAGUAUCAAUCCUAAUAUGAUAAAAAUAGAAUAUGCAGUACGUGGGCCAAUUGUGGAACGUGCUCUUCAAAUCGAAAAAGAACUCAGGAAUGGUGAUAAAAAAUCCUUCGGUGAAGUUGUCAAGUGUAAUAUCGGUGACUGUCACGCUACUGGCCAAAAGUGUAUCACGUUUGUACGUCAAGUUACUGCCUUGGCAACCUUUCCUCAUCUCCUUGAAAACAAGAGUUUUCCAGAAGAUACUAAAUCAAGAGCUAAGGAUUUAUUAGCAGCUUGUUCUGGUUCUAGUGUCGGUUCUUACAGUCACUCUUUGGGGCUGGAGGUUGUGCGUAGAGAUGUUUCAAAGUAUAUACAUCAACGCGAUGGGAUUGAGUCUAACUGGGAGAAUAUUUUUCUAGCUUGCGGAGCUACGGAGGCUGUAAAGAUGUUACUGGAAAUGAUAUCCACAACCGGUCGAGACAGUGAACGCGCAGGUGUUAUGAUUCCAAUACCACAAUAUCCUUUGUAUUCAGCUACGAAUUCCGAAUACAACAACUUUCAGAUUAACUACUACUUAGAUGAAAGUGACAACUGGUCCUUAUCUGCCGAUGAAUUGAAGCGAGCACUAACGAGUGUCAAAGGACAAUGCAUACCAAAAGCCAUAGUUAUAAUUAAUCCAGGAAAUCCAACGGGUCAAGUACUUCCGCAAAAAUGUAUGGAAGAUAUUAUUAAAUUUGCAGUUGAUAACCGACUGAUGUUGAUAGCUGACGAAGUUUAUCAGCAAAAUGUUUACCAGCCGGACAAAUAUCCAUGGGCUAGUUUUAAAAAAGUUUUGUCCAAUAUGGGACCAAGUUACUCAGGAAAAUUGGAAUUGGCCUCACUCAUGUCCUGUAGCAAGGGUUACAUGGGAGAGUAAGUCGGUUGUUAUAAGAUUUUUGACAAAUAAGUAAAUACUUGUUCUGAUAUCCUUCUUUGGGUUUUGUUCACUAUCGUACUCUCUUUUCAGAUGUCUUCAUUAUCUGUUUUACGACGUAUACUAAUGUUUUGCAUUUAUAAGACGACAUUUUUAUAUUGAUUUAGAGCAAAAUGUUGGGUUACUCUGAAAGCGUUUUCAUUGUGAAAUAGUUUUGUACUCAUAUACUUUCAACCAAGAUGGUUUGCCACAAAUAUCAGAGCCCUACCUACGUUGAAGUCCUGUGCUACUACUUAAAUUUAAGCUAUACAGACACUAACAGUGGCAUUAGUCAGUUGAGUCGCUUUUUGUCCGUCUGAGGAUUGGGUAGACUUUUUUAUAGUGUCGUUGUGAUAUUUUGAGUAGGUUGCGUUAAACCCCACAUAACACUGGUAACUUCCAACUGCAACGACCCAAGUACAACCACUACCUUCGUUAAGUGUUGAACACUAUACAACAAAAGACACGGUAACAGGUAUGAUGGAACUGAACUGUGCCGAUAAAAUAGCUGAAAAUAAACUAUAGCAGUGGUUAUUCAGUCACAGAGAUAAAGUUAGAUGGGAAUUUCGUACGAUUUCUUACACAAAUGAUAGGUUAUUAAAAUAGUUCAGUUAUGUCUUCAAGUAGAUAUUGUUACAUAACUUGACAACCGGCGUCGUAGAAUAACCCGUCGUAGUAAAAGAAGACGGGGGGGGGGUGUUUCACUGGUAAACUAAACUUAAAGAAGAUAAUCUUACUAUAAGCAGUAAGUUAUGAUGUCUUAAAUACAUACUUUGUGGUGAGACAGUUCCUCUGAGUUUGUUUAGGCUCCUUUAAUAAUUUUAUUUUAAUUUAGACGUUUCUCUUUUGUAAGCUCUUCUGUGAUUAACUAUUACCCAUAAAAUGUUUAAAUGUAGGUAAGGACAUUAUAGCGAAAACCACCUUCCUAAUGCUCUUUGUGAAACAACUAAUGGAAAAACCGUUGAUGUCAGUUGGUUGUUCAAGUGCGUCUUCUAAACCAGAGUAGCUAGAAAAGUGUGAUGUAAUUUACUUCAUAUUGGUACUAGCCAAUUGGAUAUGCCAUAUUGUUUCUCAUGUUGUUCAUCGUUUUCGGAACAAUUCACUGUUUAGAUAUUUUUGUCUAUUCUAGAUGUGGAUAUCGCGGUGGAUAUUGUGAAUUACUAAAUUUUGAUCCAGCUGUUCAAGCUCAGCUUUACAAAGCCCUUUCAGCACGAUUAUGUCCACCGCUAAUGGGACAGGUAUAGUACUUCAUAGAUUUUCAGUUUAAUUUAGUUUGCAACAAUUAUUAUUACUGAUCGUGGAUUUUCGUUAUGAGUUAAUUCAAAUGGUUAUAAUAUUCAUGAAUUAGAUUGUAAUUGAUUAUAUUACUUACUUACUUACGCCUGUUACCACUCGUGGAGGAACAUAGGCCGCCCACCAGCAUUCUCCAUGCAACUUCAUACUGGGCAAUCCUUUCCAGUUGUUUCCAGUGGUCAUUCAUCCUUUUGAUGUCUACUUCCAAUUCCCGACGUAGUGUGUUCGUUGGUCAUCUUCUUUUCCUUUUUAAUUCAGGAUUCCAAGUGCUUGCCCCGCGAUACCGUUUGAUGAUGUCAUCAAUGUAUCUUGUAUACACCUUCAGUGUCUUUUCUCAAUUUCCUCUCCAGCUUGAGGUUGGUUUGUUCUCUCCCACAGUAGGCUGUUUCUGAUGGUAGUUCUCCAAGUUUUAGCUCCAUACAGUAAGAUUGUUUUGACGUUUUUAUUAAGGAUUCUGACUUUCGUAUUGGUUGAAAGCUGUUUUGCGUUUCACAUGCUCUUCAACUGUAAGAAUGUGGCCUUUUCUUUGCCAUUCCUCACCUUUACGUCUUCAUCAGAUUCUUCACAUUCAUCGAUGAUGUUACCCAGAUGAGUGAAACUUUCCACUUCUUCCAGAGUUUCCCCAUCGAGUGUGAUUGGGUGGGUGUUCUUCGUGUCGUAUUUGAGGAUGUUGCUUUUGCCCUUGUGUAUGUUGAGGCCUACUGAUGCAGAGGCGACUGAUUAUAUAGUAUGUAUAAAUUAGUAACCCGGUUAACAAUGUUAUAAUUACUUUAUUAUCUCUAUAUAUGUUUAUCUAAUAAUUCCAUUCACUUCUUAGCUACAUUUUUGCCAUACAGUUUUUAUACUUGGUGUAGUUUCCAGUAUAAAGAAUUCAACAGUCUUUACAUUCAAAUCAAGUUGCCCAAACGGAACAUGUAUUUGAAACGUUAUGUUAGCAUCAUUAAAUAACCAAUAUAUAACUGUAAACUUGAAUCUGUCGAACUACAAUUAUCAAAGUUCAUUUUACUGUCAAAUCGCUAAUUUAUAAUUGAUAUCAUCCUGAAACUUUACGUGUAAAUGCAAGCUUACUAAUCAGGGAUAAUAUUUUAUUCACUAAACUAGGUAACACUAGGAUCCCGAAUCCUUAUCGAUUCAUCCUAACUAUUUAUCAUCAAACUAUAUUACCUCUGUUCAGUCAACUUGGUUAAUUAUUAGAAUUUGAAUCUUAGUAAAACACAAUAAUGAAUCGUAGCUUAUUAUUGGAGAAGUAUCAUUAUUGUCUUUUUGUAAAAUCGUACACUUUCUGUUUAAUACAUAUAACUUCGGUGCUUGUUGCCAUAAGAGGCAUUAAAUGUGGAUUUCGUGUAGCAAAGCAAAUAUCCUCCUAUGUGCUAAUUACGUUUCUUCUGUACGGUACAUUUAUUUUUGCUUUUGGUACUUUCAUAUACUCGAGUUCGUACACGUCAAAGUUUAUUAAACCUUUUAAUUAACCUACUAAAUAGACGGUGUCACUUAUGUGGGCAACUAUUAGUAUAUAACCAUAGGAGAUUGAUCACGCGUCACAACCUACAUAUAUAUUCCUCUUGAUGGCUUAAAUAUCAGCUACUUAAAUCGCUCGAUGACUCCUUUACUCGCAUAUGUGUUUCUGAUGUCCUAUCCAUUUAUUAGUUCUCUUUCAUUUGCAUUUGCAUUUAUUCGUAUUUGUUUUCUGUGCUUGGUGAUCUGCGCAGUACGACAGUAAACUAUAGCCACUGUUUUGUAUUUGUUCCCUGAAAUUUAUACACCAAUGAUAGUUAUCUAAGAGCGAAGCAUAGGAGUUAUCUCGAGGAUAUUCCAUUACACUUUAAACUAGGUCAAGGAAACUGGAUUGCUUUAAAGUUUGGAGACAAUUUGUUUUUGAUCAAUUGUCUUUUGGUUUAAAAUGAUGUCACAUGUUAUCAUAGUAAUUCUUGUUCCAAUAAAUGACCAGUGUAUCAUGUAUUUUUCUCAUUUAUAUCACUUUUUAUGGAUGUUCAACAGUUUCAUUAGUGUUAUUUUAUCUUUUGUGUUUUUGUGCAAAACAAAAUUACCUAGGUAGCAUUAGAUGCAAUCGUGAAUCCGCCUAGACCAGGUGAACCAUCAUAUUCCUUAUUUGUCAAAGAACGAGAUGAUGUAUUGAGUGCAUUGAAAGAUAAAGCUGAUAUCACCUAUAGUGCACUGAAUUCGAUGCCAAAUAUGUCAUGUAAUCCUGUUCAAGGCGCAAUGUAUGCCUUUCCACGAAUACAUUUACCACCAAAAGCUAUUCAAGAAGCUAAAGUAGGUUUAACUAAACACUAAUAGUUGAGACCUGUAUCGUUUUUGCCAUGUUUUUCCUUCACUUAUCGCUGAUACAUUUUCUCUCCCUAAAGUUAUAUUUGCUCACGAAAAACUUAAGAUAUCACUCACUGUCUAACUCUUUUAACUGAAAUUUACCGAACUUAGAACACACAACCCAGUGAUUAAAAAUAUAAUUGCCUAAACUAUCGAAGAUUAUUUUCAUCGUUUUGUUUAAGAUAAACAUUUUUUUUUCUCUUUAAAUUCAUUUUGUAUUGUUUGUUUGGAUCUUCCCAUUGAUUUCGAAGACUGCAAUUGGUCAGUCUUUUAUUGGCAUAUGUUCAUCAUGUGCGAAUUGCUUCGAUAUCCUCUUAAGUCAGAAGCGUUCUCUUCGUAUAACUAACAUUUUUCGUAGAUUUCACCGUCAUUAGAUAUGAAAGCUUAGAUACCCUAAUUUUAAACAUUUCUGUCAGGUCGGUUGGUAAGCAGAAAUGUUCAGAUCAUACAGACUUAGGUGGAAAACGGAUAAGUUUUAGGUAGUUGGAAGUAGUUGACAGGAUACCCUAAACUAUUGAAUCGUAAGUUUUCUUCGGGGAAAGCACUUUACAUCAAGUAACGUUAAUUACAAACAGUCAAAAUUUGACAAUGACAAACAAACUUAAAUUACAUUUUCAUAAAAUGACAUUCGAUUAUUGUGUGUUAGGUAUGUUAACAUAUCUAAAAGCAAACUACUGCAAUAUUGCGACAUCCUAUUUUUACUUCGAUUAAUCCAUUAUUAUUAGGAUGGGAGUUUGUGGAAAUUGUAGUGAUUUUAACAGUUGAAUUCAUGAGUCGAUAUAAGUUAGACUCAUGAAUUCAACAAUUAAAAUCCUUUAUUCGCCGUGACAAAAGUUACCACACAAAUGUAAACUGUCUGGGUCAUUUGAAGACCACAGUCUUUUAGCUUAACAUGGUCUACCUCUGAAAUAAACUCAAAAAGAAACUACCAUAGAGUGAAUUGUGUAUCUGCACAGUGAAGUUUAUAUUUUCUAUCCCCUUAAACUAGUAUCAGGUUAUCAAUGAUAAAAUGUCUUCGUUAAAAUUAAUUUGGCACUCUUUGCCCGAAAUUUCUUUUUCAUUUUACCAAAAAAAGUAAUAUGAGUAAUUCACAAUUGUCAAUUACAGAGAAGAGGAGAAGCACCAGAUUUCUUCUACUGCUUACAACUGUUAGAAGAAAAAGGUAUAUGUGUAGUUCCCGGUUCUGGUUUUGGGCAGCAAGAGGGAACUUAUCAUUUCAGAACUACUAUCCUACCGUCUAUUGAGAAGAUGAAAUAUGUUAUGAAACAAAUCGAGGAGUUUCAUAUAUCAUUUAUGAAGAAAUAUUCCUAAUUCUGUAUAUAAAUAAGAAUGAUAAAUUGAUUAGUCAGAUACAUUAUUCAAGGCUAUCAUUCAGAUUAGUCAUGUAUGCAUAACUCACUGUUCGUUUAUGAAUGGAGUUAAACCUGCAAACCGUUAAACUUUAUUAUUACCACAAUGUAUGUAUACAUAUAGUGAAAAUAUGUACAUGCAAAUUGAAUGUUAACCAAUUUACGUAAAUUCUUUUAUAUAUGGACAAUUUUCAAUGACUUCAAGCACACUCUAUUGUUUACUAUAAUCGUUUUUAUUUUUUACUUACUUAUAAUACAAAAUUUGGAAAUAUAUUUAGUUAGUAUGAUG